UUGUGCCUGUGCCAGCAGCUCUCCAAUACCAUCCCAGUAUAGACAGCACCAUGGCAGCCAGCGUGGGAAGCAGUUUCUUCAAGGGAGAGACUGGCCGCAACACCAGAGGUCUGUUGCGAUUGAUCAUCUUGGUCUUGAUUGCAACAACUGCUGUAGCGUCCCGUCUCUUCUCCGUCAUCCGCUUUGAGAGCAUCAUUCACGAAUUCGAUCCCUGGUUCAACUUCCGCGCGACCAAGUAUCUCGUCCAGAAUGGCUUCACGAGCUUCUGGGACUGGUUCGACGACCGAACAUGGCACCCUCUCGGCCGUGUCACUGGCGGUACCCUCUACCCUGGCCUCAUGGUCACCAGCGGCGCCAUCUGGCACUUCCUCCGUUUCCUGACCUUCCCUGUCGACAUCCGUAACAUCUGUGUCAUGCUGGCCCCGGCCUGCUCUGGCUUGACUGCCUUUGCCAGUUACCUCCUGACCUCCGAGAUGUCCGAUUCGCCCUCGGCCGGUCUCCUUGCCGCCAUCUUCAUGGGCAUCGCCCCUGGUUACAUCUCCCGUUCCGUUGCCGGCAGUUACGACAACGAAGCCAUCGCCAUCUUCCUCCUCGUCUUCACCUUCUACCUCUGGAUCAAGAGUGUCAAGCAGGGCUCCGUCAUGUGGGGUGCUUUCACCGCCCUCUUCUACGGAUACAUGGUCUCAGCCUGGGGUGGUUACGUCUUCAUCACCAAUCUGCUCCCUCUGCACGUCUUUGUCCUGCUGUGCAUGGGCAGAUACAGUCCUCGUCUGUACACCAGCUACACGACCUGGUACUCGCUGGGCACGCUUGCGAGCAUGCAGAUUCCCUUUGUCGGCUUCUUGCCCAUUCGCACCAGCGAUCACAUGGCUGCUCUCGGCGUCUUCGGUCUUCUCCAGCUUGUCGCUUUCGUCGAGUUCGUGCGCCAGACUCUGCCCAGCAAGCAGUUCCAGACGCUCCUCCGCGCCUUCGUCUUGGUAGUCUUCCUUGCCGCAUUCGGUGUCCUCGUCCUUCUCACCUUCUCUGGCGUUGUCGCUCCCUGGGGCGGUCGUUUCUACUCACUCUGGGACACGGGCUACGCAAAGAUCCACAUUCCCAUCAUCGCCUCGGUCUCGGAGCACCAGCCUACCGCCUGGCCCGCAUUCUUCUUCGAUCUCAACCUAUUGAUCUGGCUGUUCCCUGCCGGAGUCUACAUGUGCUUCCGCAACCUCAAGGAUGAGCAGGUCUUUGUCGUCAUCUACGCCGUCCUGGCCAGUUACUUCGCCGGUGUCAUGGUCCGUCUGAUGCUCACGCUGACCCCUGUCGUCUGUGUCGCUGCAGCUCUUGCACUCUCGCAGAUUCUCGACACCUUCCUGGUCACCAAGACUCCUGUCGCUCCCGCUCAAGCCAACGGCAACACCGAUGCCCCCAAGACUGCCGCUUCCCUCAUCCCCGAUACACUUCGCUCGACCCAGAAGCCUCUCGUUGGUAUCUACUCUACCUUCUCCAAGUUCGCCAUGACUGGUACCAUCACUGCCUACCUUUUGCUCUUCGUUCUCCACUGUACUUGGGUCACAUCGAACGCCUACUCGUCGCCUUCAGUCGUUCUCGCUUCCAAGAUGGCCGACGGCUCGCAGCACAUCAUUGACGACUACCGUGAAGCUUACUACUGGCUUCGUCAAAACACCGAGCAGAACGCCAAGAUCAUGUCGUGGUGGGAUUACGGCUACCAGAUUGGUGGUAUGGCUGACCGCCCUACCCUCGUCGACAACAACACUUGGAACAACACCCACAUUGCCACUGUCGGCAAGGCCAUGAGCUCCCGCGAGGAGGUCAGUUACCCCAUUAUGAGACAGCAUGAGGUAGACUAUGUCCUCAUCGUCUUUGGUGGUUUGAUUGGAUACUCGGGUGAUGACAUCAACAAGUUCUUGUGGAUGGUUCGUAUCGCCGAGGGCAUCUGGCCAGAUGAGAUCAAGGAGCGUGACUACUUUACCCCUCGUGGCGAGUACCGCAUCGACGACCAAGCUUCUGACACCAUGAAGAACAGCUUGAUGUACAAGAUGUCGUACUACAACUACAACUCCCUCUUCCCUGCUGGUCAGGCCACCGACCGCGUCCGCGGCUCAAAGCUUCCCGCCGAGGGUCCUGAGCUCUCGACUCUGGAGGAAGCCUUUACCAGUGAGAACUGGAUCAUCAGAAUCUACAAGGUCAAGGACCUUGACAACCUCAACAGAGACCACCAGAGCGCCAUGGCGUUCGAAAAGGGCAACAAGAGAAAGAAGACUAGCAAGCGCAAGGGACCCCGAGUCCUUCGCGUUGAUUAGUUUGUCUUCGUCAAAGAAAAGUUGCCAGGUCUUUCUUAGAGGAUGUUUUCUUUCUGUAUAUCUUAUAUCUUGAAAUGAUAAAAGCAUUUGAGCGUAUCUGUGCGUGUUCAUGUCGUCCUGUUUUUUUUUUAUGGUGAUUUUGAGCAGGACUAAUUUGUCAUCCGUUUAACGGAAGAUCAGAAGGUUAUAGGAAGGGCGGCGGUUGCUACUGCCAAGAUUGUGGAAGAGGGCAAAGCUCCGGCGAGGUUCUGGGUCUUGGAACAGUCUGAUAUUGUUAGACUGGGAAGAGACGAGUGAAGGGAGUGAAAUAUGUGGUCCAUCACCAAAUUAAUUCUGCCUUUGGCACUCAUCCCGACGAAAAGAGGGUCGCACUUGGUCAUGGCCAC